UUUCUAAUAUGUGUUGUUUGUAUUACAGGUGUGAGGACGUGUAAUAAAGAUCGGCUGCGCGAGGUCAACAAGUGAAGGAUGAUGACGGUAAAGGGCGGCGGAGGUGUAUAACAGGUUCUGCUGGUGAAGUGAGAGGCAGCUUGUGUGUUUAGUGGCAUGUGUGGUGGUAAUGACGUUAUGGGAGACCCAGCAACUGUGGUGGUGAUCACUGGUGGUGCCCUGUGUUGGUGCAGCAAGUGAGGAGCUGCUGUUUCACCCCAUGCAAUAUACCUCCUCCACUCAAUCAUUUAUUUACCACUCUUAAAGCCACGAAGAUUGAGAUUAAAUCUUUAAGAUAAUACUAAUUCGUCACAUCACUUCAGCAACUGGAGGAAGACGCAGCGAAAUACACAUUUGUAAGGAGUGAUUGUUGUCCGCAGUUGCUGCGUGAGAUAUUUCACGUUGGAAGUCCCAAAGAAUUCUAAAGGAAACCCCUCAGCAAGACUGUGGAUCAGUCCAGCUAAGAAAGUAAGAAAAAGGGGUGUCAGGUUAGAGAAGAAAGAGCACGAGAGUGUUUCAGCACCUUCUCAGAAGGCACUUAGGUUUUUGGUUGAUUGGCUGAGUAAGAUCAGCGUGGUGGAGGUAAGCAAGAUUGGCGAGGCGAGGAGCUCCCUGCCAGACGUCCCUAUGCCGCUCCUGAGCCCCCGGCCAAGUCCCAAGAUGGCCACGCCCAGCAACUCGAACCUCUUCUACACAGUGGAGGUGGGCGACACGCGCUUCACUAUCCUCAGGCGCUACACCAACCUUAAACCCAUAGGUUCUGGUGCUCAGGGAAUCGUCUGCGCGGCGUAUGACUCCGUCACACAACAGAAUGUGGCAAUCAAGAAAUUGUCGCGGCCCUUCCAGAAUGUCACACAUGCUAAGCGCGCCUACAGGGAGUUCAAACUCAUGAAGCUCGUCAAUCAUAAGAAUAUAAUUGGACUCUUGAAUGCCUUCACGCCUCAGAAGUCCUUGGAUGAAUUUCAAGACGUGUACUUAGUAAUGGAACUAAUGGAUGCUAACUUGUGUCAGGUUAUACAAAUGGACCUCGACCAUGAACGCAUGUCAUAUUUAUUGUACCAGAUGCUGUGUGGUAUCAAGCACCUUCACUCUGCUGGCAUCAUUCAUAGGGACCUGAAGCCUAGCAAUAUUGUGGUUAAGUCUGACUGUACACUCAAGAUUCUAGAUUUUGGUUUGGCUCGGACUGCAGGAACAACAUUUAUGAUGACGCCUUAUGUUGUCACCAGAUACUACAGAGCUCCAGAGGUUAUUUUAGGUAUGGGAUACACAGAAAACGUAGACAUCUGGUCUGUCGGGUGCAUCAUGGGAGAAAUGAUCCGAGGUGGUGUCCUUUUUCCUGGCACAGAUCACAUUGACCAGUGGAACAAGAUUAUUGAACAACUGGGCACUCCGUCACAAGAUUUUAUGUCAAGGUUACAGCCAACAGUUCGUAAUUACGUGGAAAACCGUCCCCGCUAUCCUGGAUAUUCCUUUGAUCGCCUUUUUCCUGAUGUCCUUUUCCCUGCUGAAUCCACGGAUCAUAAUCGACUCAAAGCGAGUCAAGCACGAGACCUGUUAUCAAGGAUGUUAGUCAUUGACCCAGAACGGAGGAUAAGUGUAGAUGAAGCACUCAUGCAUCCUUAUAUUAAUGUUUGGUAUGAUGAAGCGGAAGUUAAUGCGCCACGCUUGAGUGAGGAAGGAGGGGAGAAAACUGACCGUGUGACCCUACCCCCCUCUCUCCCCAAAAAGCCUGCACCAGGUCCAUAUGACCACAGUGUAGAUGACCGUGAGCACACAGUAGACCAGUGGAAGGAGCUGAUCUACAAGGAGGUAAUGGACUAUGAACUGGUUUUCAAUUCCCCGGGAAGUGCUGGGGCUGGAGCACGUGGAGCAGCUACCACCCACGCCCAUGCUCCCCCUGCUGCCACUAAUGCAACUGCAGAUGGGGAUCAAGACCAACAUCGCCCCAAUCACAGAUAGGGCUGCCCUCAACCUUCUUAGCAGUCCCUCCGCCCCAUGCCUGCCCUCCCAGCUCUCUCCUUUGUUGCACAUCACUCACAUAUGCUACUGACAGGAGACUGGUACCCAUCAAGAGUAUGAUGCUAUGGUUGGAAGAUUACCAUUAUUUAAAUGAGAAUGGAAAUAGAUGGAUUUUCUGUGCUUGGAAACAGAAUGUAUGGGCCAGUGUUUCUCAGUAGUUUGUUGUUUGACAGAUGUCAAUUAACAGCUGUGUGCAUCAUUUCUUAGGAGUAACUGUCACAUUCUUGUGACUGGUGAUAUGACUGGGCUUUGCAGGUUCAUAUUUCAAGCAACUGUACAGUAGCUGAAAUUCUUGUGCAGUUAUGUGACAUCUCUGAUAUCCCUCUUGUGCUUCUUGGCUGAGGUGCAUCAUUCUGUGUAGUCCACACCAUCUUCUGUGUCCAUUUUGUGUUGUAUCAGAGUGAGUGCGUGAAUGCAUGCAUCAGAAGUUUGAAAACACCGUUCAAACCAUGAUGAUAUAGACAAAAAUAUGCAAUUUAGGUACUGUAAGCUGUAGAUAUUUUCCUGCUUCACGUCUCAUCAACAUCAGAGAGAACCUGUGUACUUCAAUGUUACCAUACUUAUAAAUAAGAUUAGUUUGCAAAAUGCAAUACAAUGAGUCCCCUGUACCAAGUGAAAUACUGCAAGAAGUCAUCGAUCUUGCUCAGCUUGUGUCAAUAUUGUCCCUGAAUUUUGUGGUUGUUAAAUAUUUCCUAAGAAGUUUGCAGAAAAUGUACAGGGAAGUGUUACUGAAGCUUUCAUUUAGAAAGCUUUGCUUGUGGCUGCUAAAGAAAAAAUAAAGUAAGGCAUAUCAAAUAAUGAUUGUGUGAUGUUUGCUUAUUUACAACAGGGAUUGUAAACUUCAUUUAUUGGAAAGUUGUGGGAAGUUAUGUCAGGAGAUCUGUGUUGGGUUUGUGUUAAUCCAAGACAUUAUUGAAAUAUUUUGAGAACUAUUCAUGUGAUAAGAGUUAAUUUUUGGUUUUAAUCCUUUUUAGCAUACCAGUUCUUCCAUGGGUCUCAUAGGUAAGCAAUCUACAAAUGUACAGUCAUGUCAAUUUGUAUUUCCUGUACAGACAAAACUUGGUUGUUUUUUGUGAAAUGAAUUGUAUGGUAAAAAAGUGAAGAGAUUGUUUGCAGUCUUUUAGCAUCCAUUUUACCAUUUCAUAUUUAGGCAGAAUAUGACGUCCCAAACUCUGCCAAGAAUAUGCAGAGUCUCUCUCGUCUCUCUCUCCACACCAUAGUAACAUGCCAUGUAGGGUUUCGAGAUGGAUGAGAACGGCCAGUAAGGGACAAAACUCCAGGAGAGUCUACUAGAUGUUUCACCACUCUAAUGGUCUUAGCUUCAUUAUCAUGUAAAGCUGACUUCUCCAACUCCUACAUCAAUUUAGAUUCUGUUAGAGCAAUAUCUUUGUCGGUAUAAAUAUCCAGAAGUUUUGUUAUUUCUAGUGGUAAAUGGCCCAGAGUUAUGUCUCUUACUGGAAUGGCUCAAGUCCGUCCACCACUCAGCUUGCAGAGGUGACAUUCGACUUGCAGGCACAGGGAUGGCUCGGCUUGUUCCUCUCUUCCUUCAUUCAGCAUGUAUAAAUAAAAUUGUAGCAGGUUUAAAUAAUAUUUUAUGACAAUCUUAGUCAGGAAGCAAGUUUAAUUUGUUAGUAUAAUUUAUUUCUUAAAGGAAGGUUAAUGACUGAUCCAAGAUGGUUGUUAAAGGAGCACAUGAUGUACUAUGAUAAAAAUAUUCUCAUGAGCACCAUCAAUACUUUCAACUAAGUAGUCCACAACAAUUAUAGUUUAGGCAACCUGAUAGUUUCAUUUCCUCUUGAAUUUUCUCCCGAGCCUUCCUAGAAGCUUGUUGUGGUCCAGUGUCGCGGCACCUCACACGUCCCCCCAUCAUGGAAACGCUUAAAGAGUCCAACAAGUCCUAUAUAGCAUGAGUCUUCUGGGAGCUCUCUUAUCUUGCUUAUAGUACACUAUAAAAGAUUGGAUUACAUUGUGCAAGUUUUAAAUAAUAUUUAAAUGUUUUUACUUUCAUGAGUACUUAACUGAUUUUUACUUGUCAUGGUACAUUAGUAAAAUAAGUUUUGGCAUAAACAAUAUUUUAGCUUUUCUGUGAUUUCCUGACAGUUUGCCGUAAUGGAAAAGACUAUUCUAAAACUAUUCUAAACAUAGCUCGGGAAGCAUUAAAUUUUUUAAAAGAAGAAUUUAUUUAAUUACUUUUUAUCUCAUACAGUACAUUUAUUCAUGGUUAUCAUAGGGACCUGUAGCACCUGUUGAGAAUUUUUUCUGUGAUGCACAUGAACAGUCACCUACAAUUUAAGUUUUAAACUUAAAAUAGUAGUUUCAAGAAUGGCUAGCUAUAAAAUAAACAGUAUAGUUACUGCCUUUUGGUUACUAAAGUUAUUUUGUCAUGAUUCUGCUUUAAAGUGGGAUCUGUUUGUACACCUUACUGUAAUCUAAAUGUAGAAUUCAAAACCUUUACUGCCAGAACAAAUAAUCCUUAUCACAUAAUUAUCCAAAAUUAAUAUUACAGUAUUUAUACCAAAGUAAGAACAAACAAAAUAAUAUAAUCUCAAUAAUUACUCCAAUCACAUCGCCUUUCUUAAAUCAACGUCUAAAUGUGUAUGUGUCAAUGUUUACUGCUCAUACAGUGGGCUGUGCACUUAUUUCUUGAACCAUUUAGAUUGCCACAAGGCUAGUACAGUAUGUAUCCAAAUAUAAUCUGUUUUUGACUACAAGAAGUGACACAUUCAUAACUUUGUAACAUUUUAGAAGCUAUAAAUAAAAUCAUGUUAAUAUUAUAGAUGCAUUAUGGAGAUUAACAUAUUUACAUCCAGAAUUAUGAAAGUGAGAAUUUGCUAGGUAAAAGUCCAUAUUCUCAAUUUUUCCUCACUUAUCAUUUACUAAAAUAUAAAUUUUAUAAUCAUGUACUGGCUGAUACUUUGAUUGGAUAAAUUUUUUUACACAUUAUCUCAUAUCUUCUAGAUCAAAGACAAGUUAUACCUGUAUAAGGAUUUUGGGGCAUAUCAUAUCUCCUUUAAAGAGUAGUGCUGUGUUAUACUGGCUUCAUGUCCUUGUGUUGGUUUUAAUAGCAUUAAGAGAAGUGAAUCCAUGAGCUUCAGAUCAUGUUUCAAAUGUUGCAAUAUAAUUGACUAAUGAGAAUAAGGAUUGGUUUUGGCUUCUAAAAUAUAUAUGUGGAAGAAAACCUUUUUUACCAAGAUGUUUGUAUGUUAUCACAUAUGGAAUAAUUUUAUUGUAUGGAACAUGUCUUGCUCCCCGAGCUUCUAAAUCUUGUAUUGUUUAAUUAUGAAUAAAUUAAGUGCAAUCUUUGCUAGUUGAUAAUUUGUUAACAUCAGCUAGCAGAUUUAUAAAAAAUAAUAUGGUGUUUGCUUGCAAAUUUUUUUUAUGGUGUAUUGUUUAAAACUAUUCUUUAAUAAUUCUUCAUAUUCAGGAUUCCAUACUGACAAGUAAGUCAUGGUAAUGUGGAUAUGAAACACAUUAGGAUUGUGAUUAUCUUCAUCAAUGGAGAAGGUACAAUCAUACUUCUCUGUCUUAAGUUAACUCCUUUAUUUGGUGAUGAACAUAACAACACUACUGUUAAAUAUGUGAAAGAUUGUGGAAGACUUAGGAAGGGGUGGUCAUUGUGUUAGCCAUCGGUGCUCACUAAAUAACGUCACUCUGCCAAGUCUGCCGCACUUCACUUUUAUCCUUUUCAUGUUGUGCAGAUUUCAAGAGAUUCAUCAUAGGGUAAUUUAAUUUGAGUGAUGUUAUUCAUAGCGUGUGCGCUAGAAGAUUGACUUGCUUGUGACGAUUUUCAAAGUCUUUCAAAUUUUAAAUAAAAGUAACGUGACUGUUGUAGACUUUGUGAUGUGGUUUGAAUUCAGAUAAUGCUGCAUAAAAAAUGAAAAUAUGCCAUUAAGUAGUUAAAAGCACAUCCUUCUCAGAUUGAUAAAAUGAACUGGAUUCAAAUUGACUUCCUUUGUACAUUCCAGGUUAUGUUUGUUGAAAGCUCAUGUGCAGGCCACUGGUAGAAGUUUGUUUUUGUAUGCCAAGUCUGGAGGCCACCCCCACCUGUAGAUGCUAGUGCAGCUAGCCCUGAGGCACUGGGAUACAUCAUUAGAGUAUAAAUACGUUGUAUGCUAGCUCACCUAGGCUAUAGUAUAGGUUCACUAGUAAACAUUUAGUGACAUUGUACAAACCAAGUGCUGUGUAUUGGCACUACCUAGUACAUGUUCCAUCACCCAGGGUUGGUUGGAUCUUUGUUGGACUCACCAUUGUUUUUAUGUUAAAGAAAAUCCUUUUCAGUUCUUUAAGCAUUUAUGAGGGUGCAUGCAAGGGGAUGUAAAACAACUUUAUAGGGAAAUGUUUAAGCUAUGGGUGUGGAAUGGCCACUGGAUGGCAGGCAGGCAUAAACAAUACCUGUCCAAAUGAUGUUUCCUUAGUGCUCAAGACAGGAUGAAUAACACCCUGUGUAUUUCUCGUAGGAAUUAGGAAUAUGCAGUGUUUCCAGAUCAUCCCAUUUAGGUGUUGACAACGGCCACCACUUGUUACCCACCCCCACCCACGGCUCUCAUGCUCUUUGAUGUGUGCAUGUGAGCAUGCAUGUGUGUGUGUGUACUUGGGAAAGUGUAAAUCGAGUGAAUGAUUUUGCAUGGAAUGCCCCUGACCGAAUGACUGGACAUUGUACAGAGUAGUUGGUAUCAUACUACUGAGGAAGAUACUGAUUGGUGUUAAGUUUUAUGUCUGUUGACCUGUCUUUCCCUAUGGAUAUACCCAGUUUUAUAUGGGUAGGAAACUUUAUCACAAGAGAGAACAUAACUGUGUUUCAUGGUGUGAUAGGACAGAGUAGUGACUAUAAAAAGUUGAUCACCUCCAUCCAUUAUUCAUGUGGCCAGUGAGCAAUAGUAGUUGUCCAGUAUCUCACUCACUGUUGCUGGUGAGACAGGCCCUAGAACCUGGCAGUAACCCAUUUAAAAAACCUUGUUCCAGAUAGAAGACACUCAAGUCUGGCAUUGGGUUAUCCAUGGGAAAAUGCAGUUCUACCUGCUACACCUGUUUAACUCUCAACAUUUGUGCUUAGUCAGGACAAAUCAUCAUAACCUUUUGUAUAUAAAGCAACCCCAGUAGUGCAAACAAAAAUAAAAUUAUCAAGUUAA